UUAACAGUAUUGUCAAGUGUCAUUUGGUUUAAAAUAGUAUGUCGCUUGGAAAAUUUGGAAAAAUAACACUUUCUUGGUAAUUAUUUGCACAAUAAUUACAGUAAUCAUUCCCAUAAAUUUGUCCUUUUUGUGUGUGGGUUGGAAUUACAGCCUUCAGUUUGUCAUUAUUCGUGUUAGCCAAAAGCUCUAUUAAUGACAAGCGUUUGGAGAAUAUGAAAUCUCGUGAACGCAUGAAAAAAUCUAACGAAGGAGAAUAUCCAGACGUAUAUCGCAAAUUGUAAAAAGUAAUUUCUAAGGUAACUUCUUAAUACAUUCAUCAAAAUGGCCGCACCUCUGCUAGACCCUGCAAAACUGCAGUUAGUGCAGGAAUUGGAGAUUGAAAUGAUGUCCGAUAUGUACAACCGUCUUGUCGGGGCUUGCCACCGCAAAUGCAUACCUGUGAAGUAUUUUGAACCUGAAUUAGGCAAAGGCGAAUCAGUUUGUCUAGAUCGUUGCGUCGCCAAAUAUCUAGAUGUACAUGAACGCAUUGGCAAGAAGCUGUCCAGCAUGUCGCAGGGCGAAUCUGAAGAUUUGACGAAAAUCAACCUCCAGGAAAAGAAAUAGUAGUGAACAUUGCAGUAAAUUGUUACCAUAGACAAUAACUUUGACAUUUGCUGGAUGACAGUUAGUUUAGUGUUGCCAUAAUGAAAGGGUUGAGUGUUUUUUGGGAAAUGCUGAUAUUUUUUGUAUUGCAAUAAAGUCAGUAUACAUGUUUGUUGAAACAGAAUAAUUUAUAAUUUUUUACAGAAUUGUCUGAUACAGGUGGUUUCAAUUUACUACAAUUAUAGAAAAAUUAAAUUAUUGGGUUUAGUUGGUAUCCAAACUUAGUGAGAGUACAAAAUAUUGUUUCAUGGCAUUUAUGUGCGCAAAUAUACACCAAAAGAGCUUGCUCUAAUUUAUUUAUGUGAUCACUUCUUGAAAUUGUUUGCAGUUUGAAUGCAUUUGUUUUUAUUUUAGUCUCAUUGUUAGUUAGUAAAUAAAACAAAAAGGAACAUG